GAGCUAAAGGUAAUCUGGCCAGACGUACCCUCAGCCCUGCCGCAGCAGCCCCUCUUUGUGACUCCAGAGGCUCAUGAACUCGGCGGACAGCAUGCCAGGUUUCACCGGCUCCGAGAUAUCAUCCUGGAGGAAUUUGAGAACCAGCCUUACGUCACAAUGUCCACAAUUAAAAAGCGGCUGACAGAAUCCGGCUGUGAAAAAAUCACAGAAAGCGCCCUCAGAUCCACCAUCAAAGUACGUUUUCUUUAA